AUGCACAAGAAAAAGCAAAGCACACUUCACUACAUAUGCAUUAUAUUUGUCUCCCUGCAUGGAUUGAUAUUUUGUGCAAAUCAGAUACAACGGAAAUCUGAUAAAAAACAAGUAAAUCUCUGGGAAAUAAAAAAGUUUCUGAUCAACAGCAGUAACAGAGAGAGUACAAUCAAGGAUGCACUAAUUAAAUUGGAUAAAGACCAAAAUGGCAUAAUAUUUGGGGAAGUAGAUACUUUAUUGCAGAUUGACCCAAAUAUUCCCAUGGGAAAGUCAUUCCGUGAUACAUUAGAGACAUAUCCUGUUCUAAAUGACAUAAUAUCCAUCAGAGCAAGAGACGUAGCCAGAAUAAAAAUGGAGAAGUUAAACUUCAUCCUGACUCACUUUAAGGCAAAAAAGAUCAUCUUCAAGGAUAUAUACAUUAGACAGAAAGAGAAAAAAAGAAUAACAGCCAGGCCAGUGGCAGUUGAAGAGAAAGAAGCAAGUAGUGUUGCAGUGCUUGUAUUUGAUGGUGUUUCCAGCCAGAAUAUGGAGAUAAUCCUGAAGCACUGGAGAUACCCAGGAUUAAAGAUUUUGCACGUAGAGAACAGUAAUAUCACUAGUAUGAGAUUCCUAGAUUCAUAUUUAUCAGGAGUUUCUUUAGAAAAAGUCACUCUAAAAAGACUAUAUGAUUUAGUGCUCAUAAAAUCAACUCUUCUGGAAAGUGAAUCGAUCAAGCACAUUGUACUCCAGGAUAUUCCAUAUCUUGAUGCGAUAGGGUACAGAUUCCUAAAGAAAAUUCUGAAGGAAAUCAAGGAUCAUAUCUCUAUAGAUGCCUGGAUAUUUGAAAAAAUCAACCUAGAACCAUACGAUAUAAUUAUGAAUGUGAACACUCUAGUGAUUACAAUGCCUUCAAUUACCAGGCUGGAUGGUACCCUGAAUGAAUUCUCAAAAAAAGUCAGAGACCCACUAAAGGUAAGAGGAUUCGUGAAUGCCACAAGAGUAGAAGUAAAUGGACUUAUAAAUCACUACACCAUAAAGGAUGCAGCAAACAUAACCGUUACAUGGCUGAAUAAUUUCAUAAUAUGUGUUGAUGAAGUUUCAGUUACGCUUAAAUGUGGCCACCAAAAUGGUCCAUUACAUACCACAAGACUAACAUAUUUAGACCAAAUAGGCCAUGAACUCCCCAGGGAAACAAAUGCAGGCGCAAGAAUAAAAUGGAUGAUCUGUGAUUGCCUAAUAAGAGGAUCUAUUCUACCAACAGAAAUAGUUAGACCGUUAAAUUUUCACAAUGAAAUAAUGAGACCGUUAAAUUCUCACACAGAAAUAAUGCGGCCAUUAGAGUCUUAUUCAGAAAGAAUUAAUGCAAUCCUUAAUAACCGUAUAUCCAUAAGCAUACCUGAUAUACACAGACAAGCAGAAGAGACUAUUGCCAGACUAAGAGAACAAUAA